AUGCCCAUCACCGCACCACAAAAGCACGAAAUCGAUGACGUCAUCAACGUCCUUUUCAACGCGUCGAGUGCGCGUGGCAAACGCCGCCUCGCGGAUAUGUUCCUGGAGUUGGUGGACAGACAGUCUUGGCCAGAGUAUUACGAGGUAAUACCGGAACCCCGUUGUCUCGACGGCAUCAAGGCGACUCUGGAAAAGAACAAGUACAAGGAUCCGUUGAACGUGUACAACGACCUAAACCUGGUGUUUCUGAACGCGUUGUACUACAACGAGGAGAGCAGCCAGAUUUCCAAAGACGCACGAACGCUCAAGGCAAUGCUGGACAACGAGUGGAAACAGCGCUCGAUCCUUCCGACACCCCGCGAAUCCCCACCUCCGUCUUCGGCACAGAAGACGCACAAAUCUGCAACUGCAGCUGCAUCGGCGCCUGCACCUGUGGCGACGGCGGCCCCACUAGCCAAGACACAGCCUGCCCAACACGCGUCGAUCGCUGUCGCAGCGCCUGCAGCAGCCCCUCAGGCCGUACAAGUAACUGUCGCACCAAAGUCGCCGGAGCGCCAGCAGACGCCGGACAUGGACGUCGAUGUGGGUGGGACGCCGGAGCCGGAGGGCGUCGCCAUCGAUACGGCCAGGGAUGGGGAGAGCGAAGAAAUCGUGUCGCAGCUCGAGAAGGGGCUCCCGAGGUGGGAGGGCUUUGGCGACGUUGGGUGGGCGGAGGGGCUCGAUCCCGAGCGGCAGCUGGACAUUGUGCGCGCGAUCUCGAAACAUGUCGACGCGAAUGGCACUCGUCUCGCAGCAAGUCUCGAUGCCUUGCCAGAGGAGAGUUCCAUCCCGGAGCUGUCGUUCAAUUUCCCCCUGUCUCUGUCAUUGAUAGAGAAUCGAACGCUCAUGAAGUACUACAAGUCUUCUAAAGACUUUGACAAAGAAAUGUCGCAGCUAUUCCUCAAGGCUCGCAGAUGGUUUGAACCCGGAAGCGAGGCCUAUGGCAAUAUCCUUGUUCUCCAGCGCCUCUACCAUGCUCUAGCAUCUUCCAGUCCCCCUAGUGGUCCUCCCUACGCAUCGACCACCAACUUUGCCUCGUUGCGUGCAGGACCGGGCACGGCCAAGCCCAUGCACACGACCGAACCAGAAGGCGUGCACGGGGUGACGACUUACCGCGUCUCGACCAAGGACCGGACGUUCGUCGACGAGGUGCAGUUUAAAGGUUGGAGCAUACACCUUGCCGACUGGUUGCACAUGAGCAAUCCGGAUGAUCCCAGCAAGCCGAUAGUCGGUCAGGUUUUCAGAUGCUUCACUUCGGAUGAGCCAGCGAGAAAAGGACAACCCGGGGUCACAGUCUGUUGGUAUUACCGUCCGGAGCAGACAUGGCACCCGGCCAAUCGUCAGUUUUGGGAGAAGGAAGUAUUCAAGACCAGCCACUUCGCAGACCACCCUCUCGAAGACAUCAUUGAGAAAAUCGCCUGCCAAUUCACCGCACGCCAUAUCCGUGGCCGCCCACGACCUCCGUUCUGGUACCCCGGCUGGCCUCUCUACGUCUGCGACUCGCGCUACAACGAUCGCGAGCGCAUCUUCGUAAAGAUCAAGAACUGGAAUUCCUGCGUCCCUGAGGAGGUGCGCAAGAGUACCGAGUUCAUGCCCAUAUAUCCCUUCGAGCGCACCGUAUUUCCGCGGCGCUUCGCCAGCCCGUUCGUGAGCGGCAAAAACGUGAAGGGCCCCGGCGGCAUCGGGGACGUAAUCGAGAGGGUGGAGGGAGAGAAAAUUGAAGGAGGAGGCACGGGCAGGAAGCGACCGCGGCGGGCUGCUGCUGCCACGACUGCGGGUUCGAGCCGCACAGAGCACACAGACCGCGUCGGACCUAGCAAGGGUUUGUACGUCGGGGCUUCCACUGGUGCGCCUGCUGCACAAGUUCCGUACCAGUAUGCACAAACUACGCAAUAUCCACGGCCGCAUGACCGGACCGUUGUGACUGCUGCAGGGGGUCUGGCCAAUCUCGGAGGCAACAUUUCCACCGAGAGGCUUCCUCCAGAGACCGCGAAACAAUUCGACCGCGAUCCUCAGACGAACGAAGUGCUGUGGUUCGCCUCCCCGCCAGUCGAUAUGGCGCACACCCCGGCGCCACAGCACAGCCUGAAAUAUUUGCACUUCAUGACCAAGAUGCGGAAGAAUGCCAAGCGACCGCACGAUGCUGUGGAGGGGGACGGGAAUGAGCAGACGGCCACUGCUCCGAAGCGGAAGAAGCCAAGGUCGACCGUUUCAGAGGCCCUCCAGUCUAUGAUGACGAAAUUUCGGGUUGACUUGUCCACACCUCCGCAGCAUUGA